CUGGGCAGCAUCGCUCCGCUCCGGUGCUGCGUCCGCUCUUGGACGGGGCGGCGGGGUGGGUGGGCGGCUUCCGUCCAGCCAUGGCUUUCACCGUGCUGGGCCACGUGCUGUACCCGGAGCUGAGCUUGCUGCCGUCGGAGGAGGACGAGGAGGAGGAGGAGGAGGAGAACCGGAGCGAGAGCGACGCGUCGGAUCGCUCGUACGGCUGCUGCGCCGGCCGUCGCCAGAGCGGCCGGCCGGUCGUAGUGGUGAAACAACGGCAGGCGGCCAACGCCCGCGAGCGGGACCGGACCCAGAGCGUCAACACGGCUUUCACCGCCCUGCGCACCCUCAUCCCCACCGAGCCCGUGGAUCGCAAGCUCUCCAAGAUCGAGACGCUCCGCCUGGCUUCCAGCUACAUCUCGCACCUGGCCAACGUGCUGCUCCUGGGCGAAGGGUGCCAGGACGGGCAGCCGUGCUUCCGAGCUCUCUGCGGGGCCAAGGGCGAAGGGGGACCCCCGGCGCCGCCGCGGAGCAUCUGCACCUUCUGCCUGAGCAACCAGCGCAAGCGGGGAAGCCGGAGGGAGCUUGCUGGGAACAGCUGUUCGAAGGCCAGAGGUGGAAACCAGGUGAAGAUGCUACGGAGGUGAGCCCAGAGCGGCUGUCUGUCGGAGAAGGCCAGCCAGAGGGAGAUCCGGACCUCGGAUUUUGUCUUCCUGAGCGGGACGGUUUGGGGUCAUGGAAUAUGACGGUGCAAAGAGGGGCUCUGUGAUCCGGACUCGGAGGAGACCGAGCAGGUUGAAAGAUGCUAUCAAUUGCAGCAAGGGCUCAGGGCUGCCCUGGAGGGACUACAAAACCCUGCCACGGACUUUGAUUGGACUUCAAGAGAGACCUUCACCUGUUCCGGGGAGCGUGGCUGGAGCCUGAGGAGCAAGGACAGGGAAGAAGGCCAACCCUCUUCCGGAUUGUGGGGAGUCUCCAAUCUCUCUUUUGAAAGGACAAGUCUUGAAACUUCAGCUCCGAACGUUACUUCGGCAACCUUCUCCAAAGCAGUUUCCCCGAAUCUUCCAGCUGUUGAGCGAGGGAUUUUUUUUGGGGUGGGGAGAACUGGGGUUUUGUGUAGGGACAGUCGAGUGGAUUCGGGAUGGUGGAAAGGACAGGAGUUUGGUAGUGCUUUAAUCCGACGAAGGCGUCUGACUCAAAAGCAGGAGACUUCAUGAGCUUCUCAUUAAAGCUUCUGCUUUGGAAUCAGGCGUUGUUUGUCGGGGGAAAACCGUGGCCAGAUUCCCUUUGGAUCCGGAGUCGGAAGAGCUGGGAAAAAAAAAAAGAGAGGAGAGGACGGUUGCAAGACGAACUGGCCUCUCUCGCCCGAUCUAUGAGGUCACCGUCGAAAUGUUAUUUCCUUAUUCUGCGGGCUUAAAAAUAAAAGAUUUGUUUUUCCUUCCCCCCCUC